AUGACCGAGAACGAGGAUCUUCUGGCCAAGAUCGGUCAGCUUGCUGGCCAAAUAAACCGACAUAAACACCAGUCUCAGAACCCUCAACCCUCUAUUCAGUCUCAGCAUGUGUCUCGUCAUACUCCCUCUCACCCUGGAUGGGCGCCCUACCACCGAGGACGAGGGCGCCGUCCAGCAGUCCCCCAUCGCAACCGCACCCUCGUCUUGAAUAACACAGCUUCGGGGUCUACCCCUAGCUCCACACCGUCGUCUGGUCCUGUGAGCGAGAACGAUGUUGAAAUGCGUCCAUCCACAACCUCGAACGGGUGGGUUGCAAAGCGUGAUCGCCACAUGCAGCUGAUCAACUCGGCGGUCUACGACAAGGAGGCCCAGGCCAGGACUAAGGCUAUGGAGGAGACCCACAGGCUCAAGACUCAGAGGCGAACUCAGCGUGAGCAGACCAAGGUGCUUCGUUAUGCGCAGGGCUCGGGAGUUCCUGCAUCGGUGGCUACUGCUGCGCAACCCGCAGCUGGCCACCAGAUUCUCGUCAAUGACCUUCCCUUCCAGAUUGCACGAGGUGGCAGCAAGUUGGUUCGAAUGUCAAAUGAUCCAGCCGCCGCCAACAAUACACCGAAGCGCGUCACCGUGGCUGGGGUGGCCUUUGUGCGGAGCAAGAACGGGAACCUCCACCGCCUUGGUGCCGUGAGUUCGAAGAAAAAGCAAGCUGCGGUUAAGAAACGGGACGAACUUUGCAAGAGAUUUACUACGACUGGAACAUGUUACAAAGGGCCAUCGUGCCUCUACACCCAUGACCCGAGCAAGGUGGCCAUGUGCAAGGAAUUUCUGCAGACGGGCCAAUGCAGCGCAGGUACUAGCUGUGAUCUCUCCCAUGAUCCCUCGCCCCAUCGCUCCCCUACUUGUAUGCAUUUCCUUAGAGGUCGAUGCUCUAACCCCGAGUGUCGCUACGCCCACAUCCGGGUGACACCCGGUGCCCCAGUCUGCCGAGCCUUCGCCACGCUGGGAUAUUGCGAGAAGGGCUCCAUGUGCGAAGAAAAGCAUGUGCACGAGUGCCCGGACUAUGCCAACUCGGGCGUUUGCCACAAGAAGCGCUGCAAACUGCCCCAUGUGGACCGCGCGGGCCAGAUCCGCAAGGCCGCGGCCGCGGCCGCCAACAAGGCUGACCAGGCCGAUCGUGAGGAUGACUCUGAUCCGUCCAGCGAGGAAGAGGACUACGAUGAGAUUGACUCGGAUGACGUUGACUCGGACGAGUUCGACGACCCCGAGGAACUGAUUGGAGGUGUGGAUAGCGGUGAGAUGUCGCAGCAGCAGGACUUUAUCGGAUUUUAG